AUGUUCCAAUCCCAAUCUCAACCAUUACAAGGGUAUAAAGACCGCCAUCCUUCCUCGGACCAAUAUCAGACCCACUCACAACCAUUCGGAUUUGCAACAUUUGUUGGGUCCUCAAGGGGAUUCGGCCAAAACCUAACUCCCGGUUCAUCUAGCCUUCAUCUUAGUCCCGACGAUGGUCCUCAUGGUGAAUCCUCUCACCGUGGCGCCCCCUCCGGCUACGCAACACCUACAAACCAAUUCGGCUUUAACCAAGGUAGUUCUAGUGCUGCGGGAUGCUAUGAACCGGAGAACAUGAGUCGAAAAUUUACCCCCAUUAAGGAUGUUAACGAUUCAAAGGAAACUUGGAGAUUGGCCGUUCGAGUUGUUGAUCUAUGGAGUGUUAUCAACAGCAAGGGUAAUGAGCAUAUGGAGAUGGUUAUAAUGGACGCAUUGGGUGAUAGGAUACAAGUUUUGAUUCGUUCUGACCAUACACCGAAAUGGAAAGAACGAAUACGUGAAAACAUGUCUUGCAUAAUCAACAAUGGAACUGUUUAUGAUAACGAUUUUCAGUGGAAGCUUUGUGAUCAUGACAAGAAGUUUGUGUUUAUUGGUGGUACGACUGUGAAGGAAGUUGAUAUUCAGAACCUUCCUCCCAAAAGAUUUUUUUUCAAAGACUUUACUGAUAUUCUUGGAGGCAAUAAUAUUAUUGGUGUAGUUCAGGAAAUCAACAAUUUUCAAUAUAACAAUUCUGGAAAAAAGUCAUUUGUUUCAUUGAGUCUUAAAGACUUGAAAGGUGUCAUCGUUAACUGCACAUUAUGGGAGAGCUACGGAACAAAUUUUUUGGAUUUCUACCAUGAUGAAAAAAACAGUGGUGCUAUUGUAAUUGUACUAACUCAUGUAAUGAUAAAGGAAUCACAAGGUGUGUAUCAACAAAAUCCUAUUAUUAAGCUGUUACCUGCAAAUGAGCAGACUGAAAAGCCUUCGCAGUCUUCAAAGGGUGUGUCUCUUUGGUCUGGUGCCUCUCAAUUCACCCCAGUUGAAAGUUUCGUCCAUAAGGCCAAAUGUAUAUCUCUGAGUGACCUCUGCAAGGUGAAACAGGACAUGUUAUGUGUUACUGUUGGAACAACUCAAAAGUUUUUUGUCUCAAAACAUGGUUGGUUUUAUUAUGGAUGUACUAAAUGUUCUUUAAAGGCAUCUGAUGUGAAAAAUCCAUACAAAUGUUCAUGUGGUCAGAAUGUAGAACAUGCCAUACCAAGGUAUCGAGUUGACAUAUAUGUGGUGAAUCAAAAUUUCGCUUUGUGUUUUGGGACACUGACUGUGCCGACAUUAUUGGAAAGUCUGCUGAUAGUAUUUAUAAAGCAAUGCUUGAGGGCUAAAGUUCAGCCAACAUUUGGCCAAGCAUCUGUUUGGAAACUUUCUUAUGAUGAAGAAUUUGUCAAGGAGAUUGAGAAAGAUUAUAUUACUAAUGAAGGGGAUAGCAAACCUUUAACCCAAAACCUAGUCGUUGAUCGUGUCGAUGAUUCCAUUGAGUCAUUGUCUGCAUACGGAGAAAAUGAUCCUGAUAAAGUUGUGACCAAUACUCCAUCUAAAGGAAGUCCCGUUACUCUUGAUGCUGGAGAUUCUGAAUGUCAACCUUAUGGAACUACUAAACUUUCAGGAACAAAACCUUCAAAGAAAGUGAAGAUUGAAUCAAAUGUCUGA